AGAAGCGGAUUUGAACUCGAGCGACGAAGCGGCGAGGAUGAUGCUCAUGGCCGCGUCCAACAACGAGGCCGCGUCCGUGGCGAUCAAGCUCCUCCCGGCGCCAUCGGGCCGGGGCGUCAAGGCCGGCAGCGGCCUCCACGAGCUCCUCUUCACGCUCCUUGGCCAAGACCGCGUCGAGUGGGACGCCAAGCUGCGGGCUAAGCUCAAGCAUCUUUUGCUCAAGGACGUUGCCGAGCGCGAGCAGACACAGCUAACGAUGGCCGCACUCCACGAUACGAUCCGCUCUGUCGAGAUGGACCGGCGCCGCGCUGAGACCGACAAGAAGGCCGAGUCCGAAAACUCGAAUCAAGUCGAAGAGCUCGGCGAAGAAAAGCCGGAAAUCGAUGUCGCAGACGAGAAUCCACCGGCGCUCGAGCCGAUCGCUUUGAAAGCGGGCAAAGAAGAGGCGCUACGCGCGCCGUCACCGACCGCGACCCGCCGACCCUCGACGAGCAGCACGUCGAACGCGCCGACGCGCCGCCGGUCCAGCGUACGCCGCAAGUCGCUGACAUUAGUGUCGUGCAAGAGCAGCCCGGGCAAAGUGAGCAUGAGCCCGGGCAAGCACGGGUGCGCUAACCAGCUCGUUUUGGUCAAAGCAAAGAAAUCGUCGAAUACCAAGUCGGCGAGAUCGUCCGGCGACGCGCCGUCGCGGCUCGGUAUCAAGAUUGCGCGCAAGUGGAAGCCGCUCAACUUUAGUCUCUUUUCGUUCCACCCCAACGCGGCAGCCGUGCCCACUCCCGUGCUCGAACUCGGGCCGCAACAGAACGCCAUCAUGUUGCGGCAGCUGCGCUACGUCAAGGGCGUCAUGCACGAACUGCCGUGGGCCAAGUCCCGCCUCCGUGACAUGCUCUCACACUAUACGCAGAAAGACUUGACAAAGGAAGACUUGUUUCCGCAGCUGAGCCACUUGUCCGUGCAAGUCCAAGACGACCUCGACGCCAAGGCCAAGGCCCAGAAGCAUGUGAUUGAAGCCAAAGCCAAGCAAGCAACAACGCUGCAGCUGGCAAAAGGCAUCAUCAACGAGCUGACGAUCAUGAAGUAUGGACGCCGCGGCAAGCCCCACGAGACCAAGCUCUACUACGACGAGACGCACCCAUGCGUGCUCUACUGGCAGUCCAAGCAAGGCGACCGGUCGAGCUCGUUCUUGCCGCUCCACGGCGUCAAGGCCAUUGAAGUGGGCCACGUCACGCCCGUCUUCAAGCGCGCCGCGCGCAAGCACGCCGACUUGGAUGCGUCGCGUUGCUUGAGCCUUGUCACGGACGACCGGACGCUCGACCUGCGCCUCCCCAACACCCUCCAGCGCGACUGGCUGCUCAAAGCGCUCCAAGACGCCGUGCAGUACGCCGUUCAGUACCGUGCGACCGCGCCUGCCAAGCGCAGUCAGGGCCCACACCUCCUAACCCCUGCCACGCCCCGCCUCCGACGCAUGUAGCCUCAUGAAAAGACGCUCGAUUGAACGCAGCAUCGGUGGAUUACAACAACAAUUACUUCUUCUUGUUGUAGCUGGC